AUGCGCCGUCCAUGUUUUCUAGAGCUCGCACAUGCCGCGGAGCAUGAAUUUCACUCGACAGAUACAAGCGGAUAUCAAACCCAGGGCGUGAGGGAAAUACGAGGCGGUGAAGGAAGGACAAUGGUUUUGUGUGGGAGAAGAUUCCAAGCGGUGCAGAAAGAACAAGGGAUUGGAGAUAAGGUCUUGCCCGAUCGUAAAUGGAAGAGAGGAAGAUACUUGUUAUCGGUGAUGGAGCCCAUACCAAGCUGCCAUUCGGAUCGGGGAUAUCGUGUUCUCGACCUGUAUCCCACAACCGCUACAAUGUCGAUCGAGUUAGAUCCACCGACACUGGCCCGAGAUGCUAUCAAGACCAUUCUGAUCGCGACUGCUUAUGCUAUGUACAACUCAAUUCAGAACGAGACCAAUACGACCAGUGAAUUGUCCAUCCACGAUUCUGAUGCGAGCAAGGUGUUGCAGGUCAUACCAGGUCCACUGAGGGACAGUGUGGCUUUGAUAUGGAACAAAGCAAUCGUAUCGAAUGCCAACGUGACUCUAGGGGAAGCAGUCCGCUCCCUCACCACUGACCAAGUGAUGGAAAUCAAGAGCUUCAUGGCUGAUAAUUCAAUCAUCUUGAUUCAGAUGCAGGACCGAUACAAGCAACACCUCGAUGAUGGAAAGUAUCUUAAUGAGAUACAAAUCUGGCAAGCGCAACUUCUUUUUCAAAGUAAACCUAAGACUACCUCAACAUCAGCGGCCGAAGCGGCCGAAGAAUAUAUUUUUGGGUCGUCAGAUGAAGAUCCGGAAUCGUCCUCUCCAAAAGGAUUAGGAGGAGGAGGGGGAACUUUCGGUUAG